AUGUCUCCAUUCCGCCUAAUUUUUGAAAAAUCAUGCCACCAUCCACUGAAAAUAGAACACCGGGCAUAUUGGGCUAUGAAACAGUUGAACAUGGAUUUGAAGGCCGUCGGUGACAAGCAUUUAUUGUUAUUUAAUGAGUUAGAUGAAUUCAGAAUGGAAGCAUAUGAAAACUCAAAACUUAUCAAAGAACGCACCAAAAAGUGGCAUGAUCUACACAUUCAGAGACGAGAGUUCAAAGUCAGCCAUGAAGUAAAAGGGACAUUCAUGGUUCAUGGGCAAAGGCUGAAACACUACUGGGGUAGGGACUUCUCCAAGGAAAAGUCCACCGUUCAACUCGGAAUGCCUAAUUGA